AUGACAUCAACGCAAGUCUCAAAACCCAGACAACGGCUCAACUCAACCAACAACGAGGACUACGACGAACUGGUGGCCAACGACACGGACAACGCCCACCAGAAAGUGGUGGACAGGCUGUCCGUACUAUACAAGGAGAUACUGCGCGCGAUUGGCGAGGACCCCGAGCGUCAGGGUCUACUGAAAACGCCGCACCGGGCGGCCAACGCCAUGUGGUAUUUCACGCACGGGUAUGGCGUCCGGUUGGAUGAGCUCCUGAACGGCGCCAUCUUUGAUGAAGAUCACGAUGAGAUGGUUAUCGUCAAAGACAUUGAGUUCUUCUCGAUGUGCGAACACCAUUUGGUGCCCAUCUAUGGUCACGUGUCGAUCGGCUAUUUGCCU